AUGAACUUUGAGUACUUGCUAAUCUGUCUUCAGCUUCAUGGUCCUUUGGAAGGUGGGAGGAAGAAGCGCCAACGCACAGUUCCAGUUGCUGACGGAGCAGCUGGUGGGGAUGGUGGUCCAGGAAAUUCUCUAGGGCUGACCUCAUCUGCUUCUGGCCUCAAUGAUGGCGCUUCUGCAGCGUCUGCAGUUGCCCUGACACGGGUUGUGGUGGGAGAACAGGUCGCAGCACGAGUGUCUGCCACUGAGGAUGGCAAGGAUGAGUGGAUUGUCGUAAAGGUCCUCCGCAUUGACCGGGAAGCGAACAGAUUUGAUGUGAUCGAUGAGGAACCAGGAGAGGAGGACGAGGGUGGUCAAAGAAAGUACCGCCUGUCUGGCUCCUGCAUCAUCCCCUUCCACAAGCGCAACGAGUGGAUGUCAGCCUCCGACUUCCCUCCUGGCUCCAGGGUGCUGGCGGUUUUCCCCAGCACCACUGCACUUUAUCAAGCAACAGUGGUUGGGCAACCACGCAAGUUUGACGAUGAUGAAGAGGAGGGUGUAGAAGGCGUGCCUCGUAGAACUGUCCCAUUCAAUCAUGUCGUGGCGCUCCCCCCUCCUAACCCUAGGUCGUUCACUAACAGGCAAUAA